AACACUCAUUUGGGAAGAUGGCAGCUUGGAAAUCAAUAACAUUACCAGGAGUGAUGGUGGCAUCUAUACAUGCUUUGCAGAAAAUAAUAGAGGGAAGGCUAAUAGCACUGGGACUCUUGUUAUCACAGAUCCCACGCGAAUUAUAUUGGCCCCGCUUAACGCGGAUGUCACUGUUGGAGAAAAUGCCACCAUGCAGUGUGCUGCUUCCUUUGAUCCUGCCCUGGACCUCACAUUCGUCUGGUCCUUCAAUGGCUACGUGAUCGAUUUCAACAAAGAGAACAUUCAUUACCGGCGGAAUUUUAUG